AUGAGGGAUGAGUUUGAAACCGCCAUCACCCAGACCCUCAUCAACACCCACAUCUCAUUGGACAUUGGCACACACGGCAACGUCUCUUUCAGAACUGUUGCCAUGGUUACGGCUCAUGAAUACAUAUUGUUAGACACGAUGGAGUCCCCUAGUCGGAAUGUUCUAUCGAUGGUUUCAGAAAAUUAUCAUUCACAAAAAGGUUUGAUUGCAUAUUCGAAUUCGUUUCUGAACAUUUCCAACCUCCUAUGGUGUAGCUAUGUGAGCUUUAACAAAACGUCCUACACUAUUGAAGUGGACGAGACCAGAGCACCGCCUAAGAUAAAUAUAGAGCUGGAUCUUGUGGGGACGAGAAUCACUUUCUCGGAAUUCAGUGAGCUGAACAUGUUGGCGCUUGACGGAGACGGCGUGCUCAACGUCUGCCGUCAACUGCUGGACACAAAGCUCGGUCAGAUGGACUUGAAGGCUUCAAGGGUCGUUGACCUCAUAGAUCCUGACAUAGUCAAGGCUGAGUACAUCCUAACGGUCGUGCUGCUCGCUGUCUCCAUGGGGUGCCUGCUGUUGACCGUCAUGACGUACAUGUGUUUUACAAAGCUCAGAAGUCGGGCGGGCAAGAGCAACAUGUGUCUGUCAGGAAGUCUUCUGUUGGCACAGGGGUCAUUGUUGGCCAGUUCACAUUUGAGCGGCCCCAGCUGGCUGUGUACAGCUGUUGGUGUCUCCACCCAUUUCCUGUGGCUGUGGAUGUUCACGUGGACGUUCAUCUGUAGCUUCCAGAUGUUCAGGGUCUUCACCGCCAAGACUCGAGGCUCGGCACUGACGUCACGGGAAGAGACGUGUCAGUUUGUCAGACAGGUCUGUCUGUCACUGCUUGCGCCCCUGCUCGUGGUGACGUCUGUCAUCGUGACGUCACUAGCUACAAACGACGACGGGGGUACUGGCUACGGCAACACCGUCUGUUAUCUGGACUCCACCCUUCUCAUUGGUGUCGCCCUAGUCCUGCCACUGUCACUCAUCAUCGUCACCAACUUGACGUUUUUCAUCACCACUGUCGUCAUCAUCUACCGUGUGGGCCAGCUGCAGUCUAAGGACCACGCGAGACGUGAGGACCGCAAGAACCUGUUUGUCUACGCCAAGUUGUCCUCCAUGACAGGAGCCUUUUGGAUCUUCGCCAUCGUAGCCGAGGCCACUGAUCUUAGUGCACUCAGGUUCCUGUCUAUCGUGAUGAACGGCCUACAGGGUGUCUGCAUCUUCCUCUCCUACACCUUCAACAAGCGGGUCCUCAACCUCUACCUCGUCUCGGCUGGACUCGAACCUCUGCCAACCAGCAGGUUCAGCUCAGAAAUCAAGUCAAGGACUGAGUCGACAAGCGUACGUCAUUAA